UUAUUAAUUGCAACAGCACCCUUUGAUUUUUUCAACUCACACCACACGUCUGAUCCCGUGCCUCUUUCUCUCCACCAUCAAAAUCUCAUCCUUCUAUUUCUUUCUGGAAAGUUGUAGUACCCUUUUUAUUUCUUUCUUUCUUUCGUCCCAAGCAUCAUCUUGUAGAGAGAGAGAGAGUAGGAGUACUCCAGUUGAGAACAAAUCUAGGCCAUGGCUGCCUGUGGAAGCCUCCAACACAUCUUUGAAACCCCAUUACCCGAUACCCCGACAACACUUCUUGAAUCCUUCUCCUCCUCAUGGAACCAAAUCCAGCCUCUCAAAUCAUCCAACAUCGACAAUAAUCCAUCGUCGACCCUCACUGAGAUGUUUGGGGAGCUUCAUUUCAAAGAGAAUAACAAUGUUAGUUCUCCAAUAUUUUCAUCACCUUCCAUGUCGACCUCCUCCUCCUCCUCAUUGACGUUGUCCGACGUAGGAUUUGACCCCAAAACCAAGAAUGAGAAAAUUGAGGAGGAGAUGAAGAAGAUGAACGGCCAGAAGAGCCCCUCAAAAGAGUCCUUUUCGAGCAAUUACAAUAUGUCUCAGUCUCACAAAAGCAGUGAUAGCUUUUCAUCAAUGAAUUCGGAGAGCUUGCAGCUGUGCACGGAGGGACUUGGAUUCGAAAGCUCGGACGAGAUUGAGGAGUUGUUCAAGGAAAGUCCUCCUAGUGAUCAUGGAUAUCGUGAGGAUGAAGAAAAUAUUAUUGUCCAAGAGGAGAAGAUUAGUUUUACAAAGCAAUAUUUUCCAAUAUCAGAAAUUAGUUAUCAUACAAAUAAUAAUUGUUCUGGUGGUAAAUUAGGGUUUAGGAGGUCAAGGAGUACUAGUGUUGGGGGAUUCCCUCCGCCGAUAUCUUGCAUAAGCAAGAAUGGGAAGCCUUGGGUUUGUUUCAAGUCUUACAGGCAUGAUGGCAGAUUUGUCCUCAAAGAAAUCAGAAUUCCCACACAAGAGUUCUUGCAUGCUUACAGGGAAGAUGGACGCCUCAAACUGCACUUCGUCAUGUCCGACGACGAAAUUCUAGGUGAGGAAGACGAUGAUGUUGAUGAUGAUCUAUCAUACCACGUCGAAGAAGAAGAGGAAGAAGAACAAGAAGAAGAAGAUGAAGAUGAAGAACAAGAACAAGAAGAUCAUCUACAUGAAGAUGGUGCUCGUGAUUCAAUAAAUAAUGAAGGAAAUGAUGAGGCAAAGACAAAUAACUAUGAGGUACAACCAUGAGGUUGUUUGUUUUAGGUAGGAAAUUAAGUUUCAGUGUUGAAUUUGUAGCAUGGGAUGCCAGUAAGGCUUAAUUUCAACUUCUGUGAUUAAUUCCUCCCAAUAGGGUUAAGGAAUUGCAAAUAAUGUUAGAUAAAAGAAAGGAAACAAAAAUGGAUAGAUAUUGCUUUGCCUUAGCCUUUGCCAAUGUCUGAUAAUUCA